AUGUCAAACAGGGACAAGAGCAUGACUGAUGGAGAGGUGGAAGAUGAACUGAUUGAAGAGGUGGAGGAGGAGGAACCCAAACAAAUUGAAGAAGAAGAAGAGGAGGAGGAGGAGGACACCACAACAUUGGCCAUCAAGCCCUUCACCAUUGUUCCUGAUGGUGAUCGCCAUCUGAGCACACCUGAUCACAGGCUGGGCCAGAUGAUGUAUUACAAGGACAAGCUCUUCUUCAACACCUACAUCAAGAAGGAGUCACAUCAUCGUUGGGUGCUGGUGACACCACACAACAGUGGCACAAUCCUCAAGGCCGUCAAAGAUGGAUUUCGUUCAGAUCUGCACAGUCAUGGCGUCAAGAGCAUCACCCAGGAGGUCAUGCACAUGUUGCUGACCUGGGAGGCCCUCACAUUGCCUCUUGGAAGUGUCAUUGUGCUCAGCAAGGAUCAGACCAAGAUCCUACUCACCUUCAAUCUGAAAAAGCGCCACAUGAGUGGGUCAUCUCCACGCCUGCGCAAGCAGCUGCACGAUGCUCUCAGUGAGGGCUGCAAGAUCUUGGCUGCUGUCACACUCCCUGUCAUCAUCCUGAACACUUAA